AUGGCUGAGCCAAUGGAGGAGUUGGAGCUGGACACAAUCACGCCGCCCCAGAAGAGCGGUCAUGAAAAGCCCGGUCGGCUAUUGCGAGGUGCCCCUGCGCCGGCGGAGUUUGAAGAUGCCAUGCGUGAAAUGCUGAAGCAGAUGCAUGAGGACAUCCUGAGCAAGUUCGAUCUUCAAACCGAGCUGAUACUUACAGCUUUGAAGCCUUCAUCGCGUUCAAAAUCACGAACGCCGACUCGCGGUUCAAAGACAGACACGGCGGUCGUCCGCGAAGUUUCAGUCGCGCCGAGGCAGAGGCGGUCACUGUCCUUCAAUCCCACCUUCUUCCACACCUUUGACGAGGAUGAAAAGCUUCGCAAGGAGGCGGCCCUGGAGGAGUCCAAGCAUCACAGCGCUCAUUUCAGCAGUGCCAGCUCAAGUCAUGACAAGCAGCUGAACACCAGAUGCAGAUGCUUGGGCAGGCUGGUGAGAAGCAAUAUCUUCGAGAUGUUUUUUAUGUGCGUGGUCGUCACAAACUGCAUCUUCAUCGGAGUUGAGGUGGAGCUGAACAGACAACCUCAAGGAAAUAGCCCCGUGAUUAUCCAGACGGUGCAAUAUGUUUACACUACACUAUUUACGCUUGAGCUCGCGUUCAGGCUCGGAGCUCAUGGCAAGAGUUUCUUCUGUAGUGCGGAAUGGCUUUGGAAUUGGCUUGAUAUCUUCAUUGUGCUAACUUCGCUCUGGGAAGUGACCACCGAUGCCAUCGAGGGCUUCGUGAGCCUUGGAAACGCGGGCGAUCAGGGCAACGCCUUGGAGGGGAUGACGGGUCUUAAGGCCUUCCGAGUUAUCCGCAUCACACGCAUCGCCAAGACAGUUCGGCUCCUCCACGUUUUUCGCUUUAUCUUGGCACUACGGAUGCUGGUCACAUCAAUCCUCAGCACCCUGAAGUCGCUGGUAUGGGCUUUAGUCCUUUUGCUCUUGAUCGUGUACGUAUUCGCCGUGCUGUUUACCCAGGCCGCUGAGGCAGAAACCUCUGCGGACCUUGACCGAUUAUAUGGCUCUUUGCCGAGAACGAUGCUCAGCCUUUUCAUGAGCAUUGCGGGAGGUAUCAGCUGGGUGGAGCUAGUGGUGCCACUGGAGUCACUUUCUCUUGCUUGGGUGCUGCUCUUGCUCUUCUACAUAUGCUUUACGUAUUUUGCUGUGCUCAACGUCGUGACGGCUGUGUUUUGCCAAAGCGCAAUCGAGGGGGCACAAAACGAUCAUGCGGCUAAAGUGCAAGCAGUGCUCCUAGACAAGAAGAACCACCUGGACAAGGUGCGUGCUCUCUUCAGUGAGUUUGGAGCCGAUGAUGGAAUCAUCACGUUUUCCAUGUUCCAAGACAAGAUCAAUGGCCAAGCUGUAAAGGAUUACUUUUCUACAUUGGGCUUGGAUGUCUCUGAUGCAUGGAGCCUAUUCAAGCUUCUUGACACCGAUGGGGGUGGGGCGGUGGAGGUGGAAGAAUUUCUAAUGGGUUGCUUAAGAUUGCGCGGCCAAGCCACUGCCAUGGACGUUGCAAAGCUUAUGAACGACGUCACCUGGCUCGUCAAGAAUCAAGGAUACUUUCAGACCUACGUUGAGGUAGAGCUGAAGCACUUGCGAGAUGAUCUCUUCGGUCGACAAAGUCGUUUGGAGGGCAUGUCUCAAAACGAGAGUCGCGGAUCUCCGGGAAGUUGCCCCGGCAACAUUGGUGGGUAA